CCUCUAGGCCGCCAAGCGGGGUCGUUGAACGACCCCAGCCCUAUAUUUCGUGCUAUAACUUAAUAAAUAUAAAAGUUAGCGUUCCCAUCUUUUGGAAAUAAGUUCUUUGGUUAUCUGAGGAGGUUGUGUAAAAAUUUCAGCUCAAUCCGUCCACCACAAGAAAAGUUAUUAAGGAAAAUGUAGAAGAAGGGAAUUCAAAAAUUGGUGUAACGGCCAUGCUGCGGAAAAUUUCUUAGAAUGAAGUUAGUCACAUCAUAAAUCAUAUGGUUGAAGGGGGUUGAAGGGUUGUGUUUACUUUCUCACUUUACCAUCUCAGUGUCAGAAUUAUCGCGAAUAAGUAACAUAAACAACAUAAAACAUAAUUAGAAGCAUAUAAAUGUGCAAAACAAUAAAGAAUAUUCGAGAAAUAUUGCCAUUUAUCACGGUGCGGGAAGUGAGGGGAAUGUGGGGAAGUAGUGAAAAAAAUAGCAGUUGCAGUCAACUUCGUGGCAAAUUUCUCAAGAAAAAAUUGUGAAAAAUGAGUGAAAAAUGUUUUUCCCUAAUAUCUUCUUCUGCGUGUUUCCGGGUGGCGAAUUUGUGAUGCAAGGGGCAAGAGGACUAUAUAAGGCGUCUAAAGGGCGCUUCGAUGUCCAUACGGAUACAAUAAUUCGUACGAAGGAGUCUUUGAAACUCAAAGCCGUCUUCUUGGAUGAAACCGAAGUUCUCAAUAACCAAGAAUGUGCUAAUCUUUGCUGCGAUACAGAAAAUUGCGAUGUCUUCAUUUUUGAGGAAAAGGUGAAGGGCACGUGCUUUCUGUUUCAGUGUGGGCCACCUGAGGACUUUCGUUGCAAAUUCACGCGUCAUGCCAACUACACGAGCGCCGUCAUGAGCCCAAUGCGUCAGCCAGAGCAGCAGACUUCGCCCCCACUUGCCCAUCCUGCGGUACCCUCUGUGGGACUUUCGCAACAUGAGAUGGAGCUUGUAAGUCUCAAAAGUGGAAAAGGGCUGCGCAAUGAUGAGAUUUCUGCUGCAAAUUCCUCUCAAGGAAUUAAGAAUGCCACCCCAGUGGAACAGACAACACCCAAAAGUAGCACAUGCAGUCGUUUUCAAUUUGCCUGCCACUCAGGGGAAUGCCUUGCCGUGUACAAUGCCUGUGAUGGUAUUCCACAAUGUGAGGAUGGCAGCGACGAAGGACCAGAAUGUCCAAAACAACCAUCUGCUGGUGGUGGCCAACAGAAUUCCCAGAAUGGACAGCAGAUGCAAGAUCUGUCCAAUACGGUACGACUUUUACCAUCGGACAGUGGCAAUGAAGGAAAUAAUGCUCCACAGAUGACAAUGCAGAGACAGUAUCAGAUUCACAAUCGAGAAGAUCCAAUGACGGCACCCAAACAAUGGCCACAAAUGAAUCCCAUGUUCUUAGAUGGAGAUAGCAGAAUUUUUAAUCACAAAGGUGGUAUCCAAGUUCCGGCAAGUAGUAUGUCUGGACCAGGAUAUCAGAUGGUACCCCCUCAAGAUGCAUUUAUGAGACCUCAAAUGGGAGAUAUGUAUUCAAGAGGACAAAUCCAGUCACAGCAGCAAUCAUGGCUACCAGAGCACUACCAAGGCAAAAUACCCGGAAACCCAAUGGAGUGGAAUCAGCAACCUGUUGACCAGUCUACUAUGGUCCAGCAAUCCCCUGCAUUACUAGCUCCACAAAUUCCUCAGUUACCACAACCACCGCAGUUGACAGCAACACAAGUGGAACUCCAACAACAACGUCCAGAUUGGCCAAUUGUACCGCUCAUGCCAGUACAACCAGGAAAAAAUCACCCAAAUGAGAAUGUGAAGAAGCCAAUAAAGGUAGGUGGAAGCACUAAAGCAGAGGAGAGCGGUGAAGUUCUUGGAAAUGAAUAUCAAGAUGAGUCAGAUGAUGAAGCGGAGAUGAGAAUAACAACGGCAGCACCCCGAAAGAAGAAUAGGAAGCACAAGAAACCAAAAGAGGGGUCAAAAGACAAUAUUUCCAAGGCCAAAGAUGCCGAUAAACCACUGCAUGAGCAACUAAAGAUGAUUCACAAUGAUUUAGAGAUGGAAUUUGUGGACCACGACGGUGAAGCCGAACGUCCAAGUGGUGCAGUUUUAUCUCUAACAUUGGGAAUAAUCAUAAUGGCAGCACUUGCCGUCCUAGUGGGAUGCCGAAUGAAAGUUGUAGGUCGAAGGAUGAGACGUGGUGGAAAAAGUCAAUACGCUCAUGAUGCUGAUUUUCUUGUGAAUGGUAUGUACCUCUAGAUGUUUUCCAAUCUUGCAGCAUCACUAAAGGAUCUCACAGAGAAAAAAAGAAAAUUGUGUUUUCUUUCGCCCAUUUGUAAAAAAAAUAAAUAAAUACCAAAAACCCAUAAUGUUCUCUAAAAAUUUUAUUUUUAAAAUAAAGUUAUUUGUGUAACAA